UCAACGGCACAGAGCGUCGCUUCUACUUAGCUAUUAUCGUCAAAAUACCAUCAAUUGGUGGAGGUCGAUAACAAGGUAUAUAAUGUGUGAUAGUGACCACGAGAUGUCGUAGGAGUUUCGUUCAAAUAAAUGUGAAAUUUUGAAUUGUUAUAUUGUAAUUUCGUUUAAAAUAUUAAGAUUUCAUGAGACUGCGUCGCGGGAAUGAAUUUUUGACGUCCGACACGACGACGCCAAUUGGCAAUUCCCUUUAAGUUAAGACCCGCUCCAGUGUGAUAUUUUUGUAUUUUGUUCAAUCCAUGUGUGAACAUAUGCCAAAUCACAUUAACGAGAGAACAUUUCUUAUGAAAUCAAUGUCGUCAGGAUUUGAAAAUAUAAAACUAGAGAAAUGUGACGUCCUUAUGGCAUUAUAUACUGACUAAAACAACUAUUUUAUGCUUUGAAGUAAAAAUCGACAGUUAUUGAAUACAAUAGUGUGGGGAAUUCAUUUUAUUUCUAAUCAAAAUCACGGGACCUAUCUGAAUGUUAAUUAACCAGAUUAUAUUGAAGAUUAAACUUUACAAUUGGGUUCGUGGUAUGUUUGAUGAAAAAUUAAUUACUUAUAAAAGAUAACAGCGCAACAUCAACAAAGCACAACUUUGUCAAACCAAUAUUUUUCCGUAUUACAAUUUCAAGCAUCAGGACAUGUUUCAGUUUUCGAUUGCAUUCAUGAUUCGAUUUUAUAAACUUUGUGUUGUUUAUGGAAUUUAUGUAUUUUAAACCUCAUGUUUUGUCUGAUUUUCAGGUACUCUAUCAUUUUUAUUUGAGCUUAUUGUAGGGAAUGAAUAAUAAGUACGUCGUGUUCCAACACAAUUAAUAUGGAAGAAAAACCUCAUGCUUGCGAAUAUGUGGUAAAAAAUUACUAAGCCAUGUUAUUUGAAAUACCACAUGCGAACACAUACAGGAGAAAAAACUUCAUACCUGUGAAAUAUGCGGAAAAGACUUUUAUUGGUUGAGUAGAUUAAAAAUCCACAAACGAAUUCAUACUGGAGAAAACCUCAUGAUUGUGAAAUAUGUAGAAAAGAUUUUGUCAGUAAAGGUGAAUUGAAAAAUCACAUGUAUACGCAUACUGGAGAACAACCUUAUGCUUGCAAAAUAUGUGAUAAAAAAUUUACUAAGCCAUCCUCUUUGAAAUACCACAUACGAUACCAUACUGGAGUAAAACCGUAUGCUUGUGAAAUAUGUGGAAAAGAUUUUACAACAUUGGGUGUUUUGAAAACAGCAUAUUCGAAUCCACACUCAGAAAAACCUCAUGCAUGUAAAAUAUGUGGAAAAGAUUUUACAUGGCCAAGUAAUUUGAAACGCCACAUACGCACACAUACUGGAGAAAAGCGGUAUUCUUGUGAAAUAUGUGGAAAAAAUUUUGCCAUCUCAAGUCAUUUAAAAAAGCACAUGCGGACACAUACUGGAGAAAAAACCUCAUGUUUGCACAUGCGAACGCAUACUAGAGAAAAACCUCAUGUUUGUGAAAAAUGUGGGAAAGAUUUUUCCCGAAAAGGUAGUUUAGAAACACACAUGCGAAGCCAUACUGGAGAAAAACCUUAUGCUUGUGAAAUAUGUGGGAAAGAUUUCCCAAAUACAAGUAAUUUAAAAAUGCACAUGCGAAUCCAUACUGGAGAAAACCUUAUCCUUGUGAAAAAUGUGGGAAAGAUUUUUCCCGAAAAGAUAGUCAGUACCAUUGAUCCGAAAGUUGAUAUGGAAGAACAACAUGAUUGUGAAAUACCUGGAAAAGAUUUUACAAAAACAAGUAUUUUAAAAUUCCGCAUGCGAAUGCACACUGAUAAAAAACCAUAUGCGUGUGAAAUAUGUGGGAAAGAUUUUACCAGGACAAAUGAUUUGAAAAGGCACAUGCGAAUGCAUACUGGUGAAAAACCAUAUGCUUGUGAAAUAUGUGAAAAAGAUUUUGCCAGGAAAAGUGAUUUGAAAAGGCACAUACGAAUGCAUACUGGUGAAAAACCAUAUGCUUGUGAAAUAUGUGGUAAGGGUUUUGCUUGGACAAGUGAUUUGAAAAAGCACAGCCGAAAGCAUACUGGUGAGAAACCCUAUUUCUGUAGAAUAUGUGGAAGAGAUUUUGCUUGGGCGAGUGCUUUGAAAAAACACAUGGAAACGCAUACUGGAAAGAAACCUUAUACCUGUGAAAUAUGUGAUAAAGAAUAUGUAAGGUUGCAUCAUUUUAUAUUCCACAUACAAACCCAUACUAGAAAAAAACUUUAUGUCUGUGAAAUAUGUGGGAAAGAUUUGGCAAGGAAAGAUCGUUUGAAAAAGCACAUGCAAACGCAUACUGGUGCACAACUUUAUGCUUGUGAAAUUUGUGGGAAAGAUUUUGCCAGAACAAAUUAUUUGAAAAAGCACAUGCGAACCCAUACAGGAGAAAAGCUCAGUGCUUGCGAAAUAUGUGGAAAUAAUUUUGUCUGGACAAGUAAUUUGAAAAGGCACAUGCGAAUGCAUACUGGGGAAAAAUCUCAUGCUUGUGAAGUAUGUGGGAAAGAUUUUGCAAGAUCAGAUUACCUAAAGCUACACAUAAAAUGUCAUAUUGUUACGAAAGUGACUAAUCGACUGAAUACAAUUGAUAAAGUUUAUAUGGAUGAAUCUUAUGGUUGUAAAAUAUGUGGGAAUGAUUUUACAAAGCCAAAUGUUUUGAAAUAUCACAUGCUUAAGCACACUGAUGAAAAACCAUAUACUUGUGAAGUAUGUGAAAAAGGUUUUAUCUGGACAAGUAAUUUGAAAAUGCAUAUGCGAACACAUACUGGAGAAAAACCAUAUUCUUGCACAAUAUGUGGGAAAGAUUUUACUUCGACAAGUGAUUUGAAUAAGCACAUGCGAACACAUACUGGGGAAAAACCUUAUGCUUGUGAAAUAUGUGGGAAAGAUUUUGCUAUACAUGGUAGUUUGAAAAGCCACAUACAAACUCAUACUGGAGAAAAACCUUAUACUUGUCAAAUAUGUGGUAAAGGUUUUGCUCUGACAAGUUAUUUAAAAAAGCAUGAGCGAACACAUACUGGAGAUAAACCUUAUGCUUGUGAAAUAUGUGGGAAAAAUUUCGCUUGGACGUGUGAUUUGAAAAAGCACAUUCAGACGCAUACUGGAAAAAAACCUCAUGCUUGUGAAAUAUGUGGAAAAGGUUUUGCAAGGCGGCAGCAUUUGAAAAGUCACCUACUAACGCAUACUGGUGAGAAACCAUAUUCUUGUAAAAUAUGUGGGAAAAAUUUUGCCUGGGCAAGUUGUUGGAAAAACCACAUGCGAACACAUACUGGAGAAAAAAUUUGUGCUUGUAAAAUAUGUGGAAAAAGUUUUGUCUGUAUGGGUGAUUUGAAAAGACACAUGAGAACGCACACUGGAGAAAAACCACAUGCCUGUAAAUUAUGUGGAAAAGAUUUUGCUAGGAAAAGUCGUUUGAAAUGCCACAUGCAAACACAUACUGGAGAAAAACCUCAUGCAUGUGAAAUAUGUGGAAAAGAAUUUGCAAGGCUUCAGUAUUUGAAACGGCACAUGCAAUCCCAUACUGGUAGAAAACCUUAUCUCUGUAAAAUAUGUGGGAAAGGUUUUACCAGCACAAGUGAUUUGAAAAAGCACAUGCGAACACAUACGGGAGAAAGACCUUAUACUUGUAAAAUAUGUGAAAAAGCUUUUGCAUGGCCAAAUACUUUGAAAUGCCACAUGCGAACACAUACUGGAGAAAGACCUCAUACUUGUGAAAUAUGUGAAAAAGCUUUUGCAUGGCCAAAAAAUUUGAAACGCCACAUGAAAACACAUACUGGAGAAAUACGUGGGAAAGACUUUUAAAGUCUGCAUCAUUCAGAAGGCCACAUACAAACCCAUACUAAAGGAAAAAAUUGGUAAAAAAUGAGGGAAAGAUUUUGCCUGGACAAGUAAUUGUAUAUGCAGCCAUAUUUGUGAAGAGCCACAAAACCCACCAGACUCUCUUAUAA